UUGAUUUUAAUAACGUAAAAAUUUUAGAUGUAAAUGUAAAUUAUAAAAAAAGAUGUAUACUAGAAAUGAUCCACAUACAAACUCAAAAAAGUAAAAUUAACAAGAAAACGGACACGCAGAGAUUAAGUCCAAUAUAUGCAUAUCUCAUAGAAUUUUCUAACAGACCAUUUUUCGAUGGUCCAGUUGAUGGAUGACAUUUAACCUAACUUUGUUUAUUGCGUAUUAUGAUAUUGCGUUUCUUAAUUGAUAAUCAUUUGAUAUUACCCUGUUUGAUGCUUGUGUCUGAUUUUGUACAAUUCUUAGACUUAGAGAUUAACCUCGCAUUCAUUGCCCUGAGGAAGAAGCAAAAUAAGCUUCGAAAGCUAGGCUUUACAUGAAUAAAGAGUAAAUAUAUCUCGUUAAUUGCUGAUCGAUAUCCCUUAUAUAGUAUAUAUUAUCAUUUUCAACGAUCAUUAUCUUGAACAUUAAAUUAAGAUGGGAUUUUAUCGGACGAUGACAUCACGUUAUGGCAUUCGAACAUCAGAUAUCAUGAAGGAAUGGAGUAACAACAACCGAAAGAUAGCGAACCUCUUGAACAGGAGGAUAUUCCUACUCGAAUGUAAAAGACUGGGAUUAACACCUAAUCAUAUAGGAACAGGAGUCAAGAAUGUUCUGAAUUUGGUUGAAUUUCACACAGGAAGUAGAUUCAAUAAAAAGAUUAGUGGAUUUAACAAAAACUUAGUUAAUAGAUUACUUUCCUUAGAGAUUGAACACACUCACUUAAAGAUUUCACACAUUUGCAAGUACAAUAGCACCAUAAAAAGAGAGUUGAGGCAGACAAUACCAACAGAGAUACAUAGAGAAUUUUUCAGACGCCAGAAGACUACAUACAACAAAAUAUUUCAUAAAGUAAAAGCCACAAACCUCAGAAAAAUUAAAGCACUACAAAGAAGAAUACAUAAAGCAGAUUAUAAAGUUCCAGAGAAAUGGUUCAAGAAUUUGUCCCAGACAACAGUACCUGAAGAGGUUAGAACAGUCCUUGGUUUGGGUUCUAAAUUUAACGUCCCUUUAGACCACAAAGAAAUAAACAUCAAAGACCUAAUAGCAGACGUUGAGAGCAUUUUGGACUUGGUGGAGGAAGAUAGAAGAGACACUUUGAGAGCUAAGAUAGCAAGCAUUAUAACCGGUCAUCUACAUAAAGGUAAAAAUAAUAUUUGUGCGACAGACAACAUAAGAAAGCUAUAUAAAACAACGAAAAACUUUUUAAGAACUAAUGAUCACCUUGUAGUUCUCGACAGUGACAAAGGUUCAGUGACUGUACUUAUGGAUAGGGCGGAUUAUCUUCAGAAGAUGUACUCAAUUGUUGACACUGAAGAUUUCAAAAAGAUUUCUAGAGACCCAACUACCACUAUCCAGAAUAAAACCAACAAGAUCAUAUCCACACUUGUAAACCAAAAUAUACUAAGUAAAGAAGCUGCAAGAUCAAUGAAAUCAUAUAAUUCAGUGAGCCCUAGAAUGUACGGAAAUCCCAAAAUACAUAAGGAAAAUAUCCCAAUGCGACCAAUCGUAUCUGAUGUACAGGGUCCCACAUGUAAAUUUUCAAAUUAUAUUGCACAAAUCCUAACAGAAGCCUAUGACCAGGAUAAUGCAUAUUAUGUGAAAGAUUCGUUUGACUUUUCCAGUAAGAUUAACAAUUUUGAAUUACCCCCAGAUUAUGUGGUGAUAUCACUUGACGUAGUCAACCUAUUUGGCAACAUAUCAAAGGAGUUGGUACUGAGAGCAAUGGAAUUCCAUUGGAACAAGAUUGAGGCAGUCUGCAACAUAUCAAAAGAAUACUUCAAGGAGAUUAUCACCUUCCUCCUAGAAUCAGGUUACUUCAUGUUCGAUGGCAGUUUCUAUUUGCAGAUGUUUGGGUGCAUUAUGGGAUCCAAACUUAGCCCGAUUUUGUCGUUGUAUGUGAUGGACUAUGUGCUCGACUCCUGUAUACCUAGAUUAACAUUCACACUUGCAUUUAUAAAAAAAUAUGUAGACGACCUAAUAAUAUCCCUACCAUCAACGGGAACUGAGGAGAUAUUGCAAGUUUUCAACAGCUUCGACCCUAAAUUAAAGUUCACGAUUGAAACAGAAGAUUGUUACAACUCUGUUCCGUUCUUAGAUACCAAGAACAAAAAAACAGGAUUUAUAAAAUCUGUGAUCCAACAUUCAGAGAUGGAAGCAUGA